CCCAUCGCUUCUUCGUGGGGGCCCCACAUAUCCCCCUGCUUCUCCUGGGAGUAUAAAGGACCCUGUUCUACCAUCCACGGAGUCACAGAACCGAGCGGCAUCGUAGAAGCCGGCAUGAAUCCCUUGAUCGCGUGUAUAGUUAUCGGUUUGGCAGGGUUCGCCCUGGCCGAACCACCGAUCUCUUCCGGCUAUAGUUACAGUAGACCAAGUGGAAGUGGUGGUGGCGGCGGCUACUCUCUAGGUGGAGGUGGCGGUUAUUCGAGUGGUGGAGGUGGUGGAUACACUCAGGUAUCCACUGGCUACCAAACAAACGAAGGUGCUUCUGUUGACGGAGCCCUUCUCGAACAAAUCCGUCAGAUCCUUCUCAAGGAAGAACUCCAAGCCCAACAGACUGGAGGAUUCGGUGGUGGAGGAUAUGCACCCAGUUCGAGUUACGGUGCUCCAUCAUCACAAUAUGGAGUACCAAGUUCUAGCUACGGUGUACCCAGUUACCAAACUCGCGUCGUAGGCAUUGAUCUCGAAGGUAUUAGGCAAGCCAUUCAGGUAGCUCAAUUUAAUCAAGUUACCCAUGGCGGUGGAUAUCCAAGUGGUCCUAGUGGAACUUAUGGAGUACCCAGCAGGCCAAGCGGCAGCUACGGUGCACCUUUCUAAAGCGGUCGUCGCCAAUAAAACAGGAAGAGAGAGAGGUGAAAUAUAAAGCAGGAAAACAAAAGCGACUAUCUUUCGAGUUAAUAAUUUAAGAAUGAACAUAACGUCGUCUAUCAACAUCUUGAAGAUACACCAUUCAAUGGUAAUGAUAUUCAAAAGACUAAAAAAAAUUUGAAGAAGAAAGGAAAAAGAAAAGAUCUCGCAAAAUCGUUGACUAACGAAGAUUUCCAGGGGAAGCCUUCAUUCUAGAAUGCUCGAAAGAUCGUCGUGCGAAAGAAAGCUCGGUCGUCAUUAAUAUAUAGAAGAAAUAAUCGUCUUAGGAAGAUCAAGGAUCUUAUCGUUAUCAUCAUCGAACAACUAUCCGCGAGGAUUACGUUAUACCGCGCAUGCAACAUUUUUGACUUAGGUAAAAAUGAAAUAGAGAUCGUAUGUAUAUAUGUAUGUCGUCAAUACAAAAUAGAAUUUCAAAAAUACGAUAUAUAGUAGUAGUUAGUAGAGUAUAUAGAAGCAAAUUGACAUAAUCAAAAGAUCUCUACGAUCUUGCCUCGUUGAAGAUCAUAGAAAUCGCAGCUUUAAUAGGUCAGAAUAUUCGAAAAAGAAUUUUCUCGAAAGAAGAUUAGAACAAUUUAGAUCUCAAACGAACAAGGCACAACAUCAGACGAGAUGUUACAAUUCGGCACAUCAAAAUUCACUUUUUUGUCGUCUUACACGACAAUCAGAAUAAAAAAAAGAAAACUAAGGUGAGGAUAGGAAUAACAAAAUAAAAACGAAAACGGAGUAAACGCACAUCGUCAUGUGCCAAGAUAUAAGGACAAGAGUUCUUACUCAAUCAUAAGUGAACGGGAGAAGCAAGAGAAAAGGGCCAGAAAUAGCCGAAACCGAAGACGUGAUUGGUGCAUAUAUUGCGCCCUGUAAAUACAAUUUUAUAUUACUCUUUUAAAAUCGAAGUAUCCGUGACGCAACUCAAUGACCUCUUUCGAAUAUUUCGUUGGGAAUAAUAAGAGAAAAACGGAAUAGGGGUCGAGGUUAUGAGAUCUCGAAGAGAUCCCCUAACGAAACAUUAUCUUAGAAAAAAUAUUGGAAAAAUUACGGGCCAGAUAACAAAAAAAUGAGAAAAAGAAAAAAUAAUAAUAACAGCGAAAUAUCGAUAAAGAAAAAUUUGACGUGCGACAUGGUCCUUCUCGAGCAACACGUAUCACACGAAGCCACGAAUACACACUAUUUUUCUACGUUUUUAAAUGCUAUUCUUUAACCACGCAUUUUUGUACUUGUAUAAAGGCUUUUUUAUAGAAAAAAAUAAAAAAACGUCGCCACCGUUAAAAAAGAA